GGGAAAGGAAAGGGGGAAAGAAAAAGGGGCAGAGGAGGGAAGGGGACUGCAGUCCGAGAGGAGAUUUGGGGAGCUCGGACCCAAGACGUCAGGACGUGGCAUUGGCUGAGAGAAAGCCUAGAGCCGCAGGAGGUGCCGCGGGCACAAGGAGCGCAUUUAUUUAUCGGGGGAGAGCGGGCGGGGUGGGGGGGGCGGGAGAGGAAUAGAGUUCGAGCCGAAGUGGAUGGACGGGGACCGGGGUUUCUGCCGCGCAGGGAGCCGCGAGCCAGGGCGAUGGCGCUAAGGCCGGCGCGAAGCCGCUGCGCUCCCGAGAACGCGUCUCCUCGCGGAGGACCCGCCGGCGUCGAGAAGGUCUGCGCGAAGAGAGACCAACUUGUGGCUCCCGACGCAGCUGGAAAUGAGAUCAAAGCUGCAGUUUCAUUCGAGCAGGAGGAGAGGAGCCAGCGAUUAGGGAUUUUUUUUUUUUUUUUAAUUUUUAACCUCCUUCGUUCCAUUUUCUGUUUUCCGUUUUUCUUUUCUUCUUCUUAUUUUUAAAUUUGCCUCACACCCCGUAGGUCCCCUCACUUCGCCUUCCUCCUUUGAAAUAAAAAGCCUAGUUUGAACUUCUUUCGCCGCGGCGCCCCCCACCCCCCUCCGGAUGCGCUGCCCGCUGAUGGAGGAGAAGGGGACCCCGGGGCUGGCAGGGGCCACCGGCGAGGGACCGCGUCACGCGUCUCCCCCGUGAUCCCGGCCCUGCUCGCGGAGUUCUGCAACACCUGGAGGAUCUGGACCGGGCGCCGGGGGUGGGGGCGGGGACAGAGGAAACGAAAGCCACCCCGAGCCUUAAAAAAAAGAAGAAGAAAAAAAAAAAAAAGUAGAGGGGGGGCGGUGGGAGGAAUGGGUUUCUUCUUGACAGCUGACGGAGCCUUGAAAUUUUCCUCCACUACCUCCGCCCCCGCCCCCGCCCCCGCCCCCCGCACUCCAUUUAACGUGAGAUUAUGAAAUUGCAGAGGCGGUGGAGGGAAGGAGACAGGAUAUAACAGGGAGUUUGGAGGGAGAAGGGAAGGUGGCUGGCCGGGUGGCUGAAAUAAAAAAUCCAAUUGCGCACUGGGUUGUGAUGAGAAAUCUAAUCAGAUCUUUGGAGAAGGGGCCGGCCGGAAGGCUGGCGAGUGGGGGGAGUUGAUCCCCAAAUUCUUCGAAGGGGUGCUGGGGGGUGAGGGACCAACGAUGUAAACGGAGACUUUUUUGGUGGCGGUGGCGGUGGCGGUUGGGUGCCUUGCAAAAAUGAAGGAUGCGGGACGCAGCUCUCUCUUGGAACCGAACGCAGUGGAUAAACUGAUUGUGCAAGAGGAAAGGAAGAAGGAAGCUUUUUCUUGGGAGACCUGGAUCUUAACACAAAUGUGUAUGUGUGCACAUAGGGAGCCUUGAAAAAUGAAAUAAACCAGUGUCAGACCCACGGGGCUUGGUGUGUUCUGACAUAAAUAAAUAAUAAUAAAACAGCUCCCCCCCCCAAAGGAUGAUUGGAAAUGGAGAACGGAGGAUCCACAAAGAAAAAGUAUUUUCGUUUUUCUCUAUAAAGGAGAAAGUAAGCCAAGGAGAUAUUUUUGGAAUUGAAAGUUUGGGGCUUUUUUUUUUUUUUUUUUUUUUUUUUUUUUUUUUAGGAAAGUAAAGACCUGCUAUGGUGGUGUUUUCUUUUCUUUUUGAAUUUCCCACAAGAGGAGAGGGAAUUAAUAAUACAUCUGCAAAGAAAUUUCGGAGAAGAAAAGUUGACCGCGGCAGAAUGAGGCAUUGAUUGGGGGAGAGAAACCAGCAGAGAGCACAGUUGGAUUUGUGCCUAUGUUGACUAAAAUUGAUGGAUAAUUGCAGUUGGAUUUUUCUUCAUCAACCUCCCCCCUACCCCCCUUUUUUUUCUUUAUGGUGUCAAGAUCACGCGUUUUCUCUUGUUCUUAACCACCUGGAUUUCCAUCUGGAUGUUGCUGUGAUCUGUCUGAAAUACACUUAGAGACAGCCUUCAUGUUCCCAGCUUGAAACCAGAGAUGACUCUCCUUGGGAUUCAUUUCUCUUACUAUUUGAACUCCAGACGGACCAACACCAGAUAAAUUAUGAAUGUUGAACAAGAUGACCUUACAUCCACAGCAGAUAAUGAUAGGUCCUAGGUUUAACAGGGCCCUAUUUGACCCCCUGCUUGUGGUGCUGCUGGCUCUUCAACUUCUUGUGGUGGCUGGUCUGGUGCGGGCUCAAACCUGCCCUUCUGUCUGCUCCUGCAGCAACCAGUUCAGCAAGGUGAUUUGCGUCCGGAAAAACCUACGGGAAGUUCCAGAUGGCAUCUCUACCAACACGCGGCUGCUGAACCUCCAUGAGAACCAAAUCCAGAUCAUCAAAGUGAACAGCUUCAAGCACUUGAGGCACCUGGAAAUCCUACAGUUGAGUAGGAAUCAUAUUAGAACAAUUGAAAUCGGGGCCUUCAAUGGUCUGGCAAACCUCAAUACUCUGGAACUCUUUGACAAUCGUCUUACUACCAUCCCAAAUGGAGCUUUUGUAUAUUUGUCUAAACUGAAGGAGCUCUGGUUGAGAAACAACCCCAUUGAAAGCAUUCCUUCUUAUGCUUUUAACAGAAUCCCUUCUUUGCGCCGACUAGACUUGGGGGAAUUGAAAAGGCUUUCAUAUAUCUCAGAAGGUGCCUUUGAAGGUCUGUCCAACUUGAGGUAUUUGAACCUUGCCAUGUGCAACCUCCGCGAAAUCCCUAACCUUACACCUCUCAUAAAACUAGAUGAGCUGGAUCUUUCCGGGAAUCAUUUGUCAGCCAUCAGGCCUGGCUCGUUCCAGGGACUGAUGCACCUUCAAAAACUGUGGAUGAUCCAGUCCCAGAUUCAAGUGAUUGAACGGAAUGCCUUUGAUAACCUUCAGUCACUCGUGGAGAUAAACUUGGCACACAACAAUCUAACACUACUGCCUCAUGACCUCUUCACACCCUUGCAUCACCUAGAGCGGAUACACUUGCAUCACAACCCUUGGAACUGUAACUGUGACAUACUGUGGCUCAGCUGGUGGAUAAAAGACAUGGCCCCCUCCAACACAGCUUGUUGUGCUCGAUGUAACACUCCUCCCAAUCUGAAAGGGAGGUACAUUGGGGAGCUUGACCAGAAUUACUUCACAUGCUAUGCUCCUGUGAUUGUGGAGCCCCCAGCAGACCUCAAUGUCACUGAGGGCAUGGCAGCCGAGCUGAAAUGUCGGGCCUCCACGUCCCUGACCUCUGUAUCUUGGAUUACCCCAAAUGGAACGGUCAUGACACAUGGGGCAUACAAAGUGCGGAUAGCUGUGCUCAGUGACGGCACAUUAAAUUUCACGAAUGUAACCGUGCAAGAUACAGGCAUGUACACAUGUAUGGUGAGUAAUUCUGUUGGAAAUACCACUGCUUCUGCCACCCUGAAUGUUACUGCAGCAACCACUACUCCCUUCUCUUACUUUUCAACUGUCACAGUAGAGACUAUGGAACCUUCUCAGGAUGAGGCACGGACCACAGAUAACAACGUGGGUCCCACUCCAGUGAUUGACUGGGAGACCACCAAUGUGACCACUUCUCUCACGCCACAGAGCACAAGGUCGACAGAAAAAACAUUCACCAUCCCAGUGACUGACAUAAACAGUGGGAUCCCGGGAAUCGAUGAGGUCAUGAAGACCACCAAAAUCAUCAUUGGCUGUUUUGUGGCCAUCACACUCAUGGCUGCAGUGAUGCUGGUCAUUUUCUACAAAAUGAGGAAGCAGCACCAUCGGCAAAACCAUCACGCCCCGACAAGGACUGUUGAAAUCAUUAAUGUGGAUGAUGAGAUUACAGGAGAUACACCCAUGGAAAGCCACCUGCCCAUGCCUGCUAUCGAGCAUGAGCACCUAAAUCACUAUAACUCUUACAAAUCUCCCUUCAACCACACAACAACAGUUAACACAAUUAAUUCAAUACACAGUUCAGUGCAUGAACCGUUAUUGAUCCGAAUGAACUCUAAAGACAAUGUACAAGAGACUCAAAUCUAAAACAUUUACAGAGUUACAGAAAACAAACAAUAAAAAAAAGACAGUUUAUUAAAAAUGACACAAAUGACUGGGCUAAAUCUACUGUUUCAAAAAAGUGUCUUUACAAAAAAAAAACAAAAAAGAAAAGAAAUUUAUUUAUUAAAAAUUCUAUUGUGAUCUAAAGCAGACAAAAUUAUGUGUAUUCCUCAGAACCUGUUUUUGCUGCACUUAUUUACUAUUUUCCCACAUCUCAUCCCUGCCUUCCCUGGUUGCCAUAUUUUUCAUAGAUCUCAAGUCCCUAAAGAACUGGCCUAGGAAAUUUUGUAAGAAUUCUGUUACACUUUGAGAUUUUUAUGGUGAAUUCUAGUGGUGAGAACCAGUCUAUUUUGUCUUUCUUUCUUUCUUUUUUUUUUCUCUUUCCUUUCUUUCCCUCAUGCCCUAAUGAAGUAGUCCAAUGGGGAAUGCAAUAUUAGAAAUAGAUUUUUAAGAGAGAACAAGAUUUAAAAAAAUGCAAGAUCUUAUAUUUUUCAUGUAAUGACCUGUUCUGUAUUUAUGAGAACCAUUCAAUGACAAAGAAAAAAAAAGAAAAAAAGAAAAAAAAAAGAAAAAGAAAAAAAAGAAAAAAAGUAAGCAAACAGAUUAAUUUACAUAUGAGCAUCUAUAAAAACCCAUGAUCUUUUAAACACCUCUAGAACCAGAAUUUGUAGUUCAAAAACUAAAAAAAUAAGGUUAUAAAUAAAAUAUUGUUGGUUUUUCUGUACCUGGACACAGCUCAUUUGUAGUAUGGCUCAAAUGUGAGAAACUUGAAGGUAAUUAGAUUUCCUACUUUCUAAGAAAGAAAAAAGUAUUAUAUUCUUCAGUCCCAGCAUCAGUCUCUUUGGGGUCCUAUUUCAUUAGCUGACUUGAGUGUUGGACCUAUCUUCAAGGAUGCUGUGGUAUUUUAUUUUUCUUCUUCUCACUAGGAGCACCCUUUGUAGAAUGCGCAGAUUAAAAAACAAUGGUUUUGUGAAGUAAAUUCAAUCCCACUUGGAAGAAAGUUUCAUUAUAAUCUAGUCACUGUCUCCUAAGUUAAGUCCUAUUGAUUAAAGUACACCAAGAGAAUGUGAAGGUAUUCUAAAUUAUCUAAGUUGAAAAAUAAUUUUUGGUGCUGAGUAUCAGCAAAUUCAGUUCAAUUCCACAAUAAUUAUUAAAUACCUUCU